AUGACUCUUUUGUCGCUGUUUACUGUCUUUCACGCUGCUUUCCGUCUUGUGCCUUCCCCAGUUGGUACCACAGCACAACAGAUUGCCUCUCGGAUCACAGUUGUAUGGCUAGUUUUGUAUGUUUCACGCAGCAGUUUUGGUGUUCCACUGAUACUUAUUGCGUGGUCCAUAACUGAAGUUGUACGGUACAGUUUCUAUGCUACGAAAAUUCUAGACAAAACUCCGGAAUUUCUGAAAUGGAUGAGGUAUUCUUUUUUCAUCGUCUUGUAUCCUGUCGGGGCAUUGGGUGAGAUAUUGAUCGUGCUUGCUGCUCUUCCAGAGGUUGCGGUUAAAAAACAGUUAACGUUGGAAAUGCCAAACUCAUUCAACAUUGGAUUUUCUUUCUGGUGGUUCCUCGUUGUGUUUGCUGCAUUUUAUCCAUUCGGAUUUCCUCCGCUGUACAAGUACAUGUUCAGGCAGAGAAAUAAAGUGCUUUGCGUUGAGGCUAGCAAAAAGCGUGAGUAG